GUUUUGCCUUUUCCAAACGGCACAUUUCGAAAUCAACAACGGCACGGUAUACUUCUUCGCUCGCGCACUACCAAAAGAGGCGCCAAAAGUUUACGUUUCCAUGCAGAUGACACAUAUCACACUCUCUCUGGCACGGAAAAUUGGCAACACGCGAAAAGUGUAAAGAACGCGAAGGUUCUAUAACGAAAUUGAGUAUUAGCACCAAAGGUGGUGAAUCAGAGAAAUAGAAAACAAACGAAAGAGGAAGCAACACGAAAAACAUAAAUUGAUCGCAUCAAGGGAGAAAGAGAGAGCAGAGAGAAGUGCAAGAACAGCCGGCUGUUUGUCUUUGUCGCACUCACACACACCCUUCAGGGUUUUUGGUCGCGUGUGCCGCCGGGAGAAGAGAACAACAAGCGAAACUACAGCUACAAGGCAACCAGGUGUGCGGGCCUGUGUGAGCGCCUGAUUCUUUUCACGUUUUUGCAUGCUCGGAUGGCACUCUGCCAGAUGCAAUACCGCGUUUCUGUUUUUGUUUUGCUGCAUUCGUUCGCAUAGAAAUCGCGAUAUUCGCGUAGUUAAGUGAAAACCAACACAAAAGUAAGGAAGCGAGAGUGGUGCUGCAUCACGCUUAGAUCGAGUAGAUCCAGAAGAAGCUGCAAAAAUGUCGGCAAUUAGCAGUCGCAAUCAGAAAAUGGAACAACAGCGCCAGCUGAUGGAGGCCUACAUUCGGCAGAAGAGAGCCUCGCCGGGCAUGGUGCAGGCCAGCGACUUGCAGAUCAGCCGACCCAUGUCUGGGAUGCGCAGCAACAGCCGCGAGCUGCAUGCCUAUGAUGGACCGAUGCAGUUCAUCAGCUCGCCACAGAAUCCCGACCAGAUACUGACCAACGGCAGCCCCGUUGCUGGGACAGUCGCCAUGAACUCGACUCGAAACCACUCGAACAACAUGCGCAGCCUGAGCACCAUCAGCCAGGAGGCGGAUCUAAUCGAGGAGAUCUCAUCGCACGAGCUGGAGGACGAGGAGAGCAGUCCCGUGACGGUGAUCGAGCAGCCACAGACCGCCCCGCACAGCGCCAACUCCGCGCACUCGCAGCGCCCGAGCACAGCCCGCCAGCAGCCCUUCAACGACACCAUCGAUGAGGAUGACUACACCAACCGCAACAUAGCGGGUGCAGCACCCGUCCGUCCCGUUGGACUGGCAUCCUCGCCCUACAAGGAGGCGGGUCUGGACGGCAGCGGCAGCAUGGGCACCUCCAAUGGAGCCGGUGGGGAGUCCGAGGGCGAUGUGAUCGGCCACAUUGAUCAGUUCGUGAUGCAGCCAGCGCCACAGGGUGUCCUGUACAAGUGCCGCAUCACCCGAGAUCGCAAGGGCAUGGACCGGGGCCUGUUCCCCAUUUACUAUUUGCACCUGGAGCGGGACUAUGGCAAGAAGAUCUUUCUGCUGGGAGGUCGCAAGCGAAAGAAGAGCAAGACGUCGAACUACAUUGUCAGCUGCGAUCCCACGGAUCUGUCCCGCAGCGCAGAUGGCUUCUGUGGCAAGCUGCGAUCGAAUGUCUUUGGCACAUCCUUCACGGUCUUUGACAGCGGCAACAAGGACAGCACGGACAGUCCGCGUCUCGACCUGGCCGUCAUCAUCUACGACACCAACAUACUGGGCUUCAAGGGACCCCGCAACAUGACUGUGAUACUGCCGGGCAUGACUGAGGACGAUCAGCGUGUCAAGAUCAGUUCAGCGGACCCCAAGCAGACGGGCAUUCUGGAUCUCUACAAGAUGAAGAACAUGGACAACAUUGUGGAGCUGCACAACAAGACGCCCGUGUGGAACGAUGAGACGCAAUCGUAUGUGCUCAACUUCCAUGGCCGCGUCACGCAGGCGUCGGUGAAGAACUUUCAACUGGUGCACGACUCCGAUCCCGAGUACAUUGUCAUGCAGUUCGGACGCACCUCCGAGGAUGUGUUCACCAUGGACUAUCGCUAUCCACUGUGCGCCAUGCAAGCCUUUUCCAUAGCCCUCAGCAGUUUCGAUGGCAAAAUAGCCUGCGAGUGAGGGAGGAAGGAAUGAAGGCGUUUAGCCUGGUUUCCAGCCCCAGGAUCUGUCCCGCUGCCUUAUGUAAAGAUGUAUGGAUCGUGGAUCAUGCCCAGGGCAUGGGAAGAUAGAGAUUGCCUCAGAAAUCUAGUCAUGAAUGUGUGUAAUGUGUGUGUGUGAUCCUCCCAUUGCUCGUACAGCAUCUAUGCAGAAUGUGCUCACCGAUUUUGUAAAGAAUUAUUAUAGUAGUCGUUCGUGUAACUUUGUACUUCUACAUGUGCCCCAAACCCCCCAGUAAACUGUAAGUAGUUCCGUAAAGAGUUUAAAAUAAAGGUUCAAAUGUCAUUUAUCACUUUGAUAGUCCCGCGUAUAGCAAACAAACUUAACAAACGAUUACUAUUAGUCGUUAAGAGAGCAAACUAACUUGUGCUGAGCUCGAAAUAUUUGUAAGUUCCUCCCAAAUCAAUAUCACAGCAAAUACAAAUACGAAA